ACCAGAGUACUUUGCUUAUGAUAUACAGACAAAUUAUUCGAAGUUUUAUCGAUUAUGGUUCCUUCCUUUUGUCUCCACUUUCUAACCAACGAUCUUUAAGGUUAGAUAGAGUCCAAUUCCAAACUUUACGCAUUGCUCUUGGACAAAUGCGCUCCUGUCCCACUAACUCCUUACUGAUUGAGGCAGCGGAUGCGCCAUUAACUGUCCGUCGUCUGUAUUUAGCUAAAAAGUUCUUCCUCAACCAAUAUUCUUCCUUAUCCCAUCCCUUAAUUCCGAAACUUAUCCGAUUAAACAACCACUGUACAAACUCCCCCUAUUGGAGAAAUAAAGAACUUCCUCUCCUUGUGGUGGCUUAUCGUGUCUUUGGUAUAAUUCCCAUUUACCAAUCCUUAUUACCACCCUUUUUUUCCUUUGAGUUUGUAUCCCGUUAUUCAAAAAUCCCGGUGUUUGUUGAUUGUGGCCUUGACAAGAACGAUACCGUUUAUGGUUCUAUUUUUGUCAAUUCCACAUUUAAUAAUUACCUGGACUCCAUUCUUCCUAAUUAUACCUUCAUCUUUACAGACGCCUCCAAGUUGGACGCAGACGCACGUGUGGGAGUUGCGUAUCAUUGUUCCUCUAGCGCACAUUCUGCCUCUUUAAGCAUAUCAAAAUUUUUUUCCAUCUUUUCAGCAGAAUGUGUAGCUAUUUUGGAAGCACUCUCAUACGUGGAGUCUGAAGGUAUCAAAAAAGCAGCUAUUGUAUCUGACUCACUAAGCUCCCUUUCCCUUCUCAAACAAAAUUCCAUCUCUUCCAAAACUCCAUUUCUUAUAGUAUUGAUUAAAAACACCGUACUAAAACUAAUUCAAAAUCGUUUCUCCGUUGCCUUUGUGUGGUGUCCAUCACACAUUGGUAUACGUGGAAACGAGUUUGUUGAUAUGUUGGCUAGGGACGCAGUUCAAAAUGGUGCAGAAGAUAACUCACCACCACCAGCACAAGAUCUUUGGGCCGUCUGCAGAAAGUCUAUGUUGAAUGAUUGGAACCAAAUAUGGAGAAAUUCAACAAAAGGUCGUAAACUAUAUGCACUACAGCCUGCUCCAGCACUUCAAACAUGGUUCCAUGAAUGGGAUGUGGGCAGGAAAAAUAUUACAACGAUUGGUCGCCUCAGAACGGGGCACAACAGUUUACCCGCUCAUCUACAUAAAAUAAACGUUGUCCCCGACACAAAUUGUAGAUGUGGCUACCCAUACUGCGACAUAAAUCACGUCAUCUUCGCCUGCCCACUCUUUAAUCAACAUAGACCAAUGCUCCUAAGCUCCUUAGCCCGUAUGGGUGUUUUUGGUCCUUACUUUAUACCCCAUCUCCUAUCCUUAAAUAAUUAUGAUAUCCUCUCUACAAUUUGCAGCUUCCUUAAUAAGACCCAACUCCCAAUUUAAACAUAAAUAAAGUGUUUUUUGUGUAUCUUAUGUAAAAACCCUACAUACUUUCUCUAUUGUAAACCUUUCCGUGGCCCCCAACCUAUGUUAUUAUUGUCAACCACCUUUGUUAAAAGUCUCGAUGGGCCCCGACGACGAACAUCCUUCUAAUCUCCUUUGUGUCCCCGUCUCUAUAAUUACUUAUAAUUUCUUGUUAUCACUCUAUAAUUAUUCCUUCAAUUAAUAAGA